AUGUCAAUUAAAACAAAUCAUCCACAGAUUAUCUUAUAUUGGAUGGAAUUGAUCCUUGGUAUAAUUUGUAUUGCAUUAGCUGGAAGAGGUUAUCAUGUAAUAGGCUUUCAAUAUUUAAUUGGAAUUGGAACAUUUUCAGCUAUUGGAAAUAUUGUCUUUUUAUUAAUGUAUGGUUUUGCUACAACAAGACCAUUAAAUGGUCGAUCAAUAUUAAAAUUAAUUAAGUAUUCAACAGAUAUUUAUUUUAUAAAACUGGAACAUUUUAAUUCUUAUCGAAGUGAUUCUUGGUAUGAUUAA